AUGACAACGACUAAAAUUUCACCUCAUUUGGAGAGCAAAAUAACCUUUCAAUUUACUAUAAGGAACGUAUCUCAAUUGUCAGGAGAGGUGUUUAGCCCUCCAUUUGCAUCCAGCUAUGGAAGUGAUCGUUUUGAAUAUAACAGGGCGUCUUCGCCACUGUUUUGGCAGUUAUCGUUUGGGGUGAACAAGAAAUCUCCGGAAUAUUGCUAUGUGCGCUUAAUUGCCAUACCUAACGCUCACGAAAAAGUGAUCCAAACGCUCGCAGCGAGGAGAAAACACGUAACUGCGCGCUUGUUUUUAAAGGCAUCACAGUCAGCAACGCAGUACUUGGCUCAACAGCGAGUGUCACCCCACAAACUAAACCGGAGGGUACUUGACCGAACCGCACCCAAAUUCUGGAAACGUGUUACCGUCGCAAAAGAUAAGGUGAUUGUCGGCUGUGUGCUCGACCACGCAGAAAUCCAGUCUGCCAAAUAUGCCACGCUGCUUCCUGACAAACCCACACCUCGGUCUUUACUUGCCGUCUGGGGCAGUUAUCUGAACAACCCCUCUAAAAGUGAUAUCUUAUUUCGUGCGCGAGGUGGGUCAUUAUACGCCGAAUCGAGGAUUCUGUCGGCCAGGAGUCCGUACUUUCGUGCCAUGUUUAAUGGACAAUGGGCCGAGACUAAAAUGAAGAGUAUCGAAAAUCAAACGGAGGAAGAUGUUUACAGCGAUAUUGAGAAGAGCAGAUACGAGGAAAAAGAACGAGGAAAUAACGAAAUGGAUGGUAUGGAAGACAUAGGAGAAGAAAUUGAGAAGCAAGACGUGCAGCAGAAAAAACGAGAGGAUAUAUCUGAGAAAAGAAAGUCGAGAAAGGGCGAAGGCGAAGAAAGGAUGGACGGAGAUGACAGUUCAAUGGAAGAAAGUGAUUUUAGCUAUGAAGACCUAUCACUGUUUGAUAAAUCCAAGGAGCAAAAUAUGGAAGUUAAGGAGGAGGAAAUGGAUGAUGUCGAAACAGUGACUCAAGACGGGGUGGGCAGCAUGGGAAAUCAGUUUGGAACGAAUAAUCGAACCGCUAGUUUUGCGUCUACAUCGGGGAUUCAGAAUGACGCAUGCUCCAUUAAAUCCCGCCUAAGCUAUUUGUCAUCUAUACCUUCAAAACCUUCACAAUAUCACGUAAUCGAUCUUCCCGAAGUAUCUUAUCCAACUCUCAAUGCUCUCCUUCUUUAUCUAUAUAUCGAUCUAAUACACUUUGAUGCCGAUCCCAAGUCUUCAAUAUCUGCCCUUGCUAUCUAUACUCUAGCCGAUCAAUAUUGCAUUACUGAUCUUAGCGAGUUGGCGAAAGCAUCGAUUCUUGAAAACCUAAGUCCGGAAAAUGUGGCAGAAAUGUUGUUUGGUUCCGGGUAUUUGUAUCCGGAAUUGAAAGGGCCUUUGUUGGAAUAUAUUAUCAGAAAUUUCAAUGAUGUGAAAAAAUCAGAGGGAUUUAGGCACGUGUUGGAUCAUCCUGAAGAAUAUGAAAAUUAUGCAGAGGUUAUCAAAGAAAUUUUUGCUGGAUUGGAGGUACCAACGCCCGAGUGA